AUGCAGAAAACAGAUGGUAUUAGAAUUCCAGGCGUUAUUUUGGACGAGUUGAAGACUCUCGACUACAGUCAGGAUGAAAGGUUUUCUAUUGCAGAAGGAAAAAAGAGAAAACGAGGGAAUGGCAAACAUUUGACCCGUAAAGAAAAGAGAAAGAUGGAGCGGACUGAAAAGAAACGUAAAAGUAUACCAACUAGGGAAAUUAAUCCGAACAGGCUAAAAUCAACAUCAACGUCUAAAAAGAGGAGUGCUAAUGCACGUGUGAAAAAUGUAGACGGACAAGCUAACAGUAGACAUCCAAUUUCUUCAGAUGAAUCAGAAAGUAAUGAAAAUUGGGGUAGCGAUGAGGUGUUUACCGAUGAAGGACCAGAAAUGGAUGCUGAUCAAGCAAUGUCUGCCGAAGAAACAAUGAAAAAGCUAGAACUAUUGAAACGGAAGGCAAAAGGUGUAAAAGGAGCAGAAAAGUCAGGGGAGAUUGAAGCGAACCCAGGUGAAAUGAAACACGUUCGUAAUAAAGAUGGAAUUGAAAAUUUUGUGAAUUAUCCGCUGGCCCCUUCUGACAGGUCAGCGUUUGAAAGGGACGAGAUGAACAUGCAAUAUUAUGCAAAAAAGUUGGGCUUGAAAGGAGAAAAGAAGGCUAUACAUGCAAAAGAUGAAUUUGAUGCUAUCGGUGGACUUCUAGAAGGUUUGGAAUACUUUGAAAAUUAUGGGAAGAGUGAUGAAGAGUACGGAGAUUUUGCCACAGAAACUAAUUCUAUGAUAAAAGAUGACGAAGCGAGUGAGAAAGCCUUUUCCUCUGAUGAUGAUCUUUCAACUUCUGAUUUUGAAAACUCCGAUAGACUUGGUGAAUCUGAUGACGACAGCUUUGUGGAUUCGGAUGACAAUGAAAAAAGAGAAAAGGAAAACCCCUAUGUAGCUCCUACACAAUCUGUAGGGAGUUAUGUUCCACCGUCACUGAGAAAAAAAUUAAACGAUAAUGAGAACAAUAAUGCUUUGUCCGAAAUUAGCAAAAAGGUUAAUUCCUCCCUGAACAAGCUUUCAGACACCAAUAUUACUAUCAUUAUUACUGAUUUAAACAGACUGUAUGAUUCAUUACCUAGGCAGUAUGUUACGGAAUCGUUAAGCAAAGGGAUAUUGAAUAUCAUAAGCCAAAAUCAGAAAUUGUUAGACGGAUUCAUAAUGAAUUAUGCUGCUGUUGCAUACACGCUAUCAAAACUAAGAGGUAUUGAGAUGGGUGCAUUUUUCAUUCAGAAAACGGUAGAAGCGUUUCUGCAACAUUACGAAGAGGAAACAGAAAAUAUGUUAAAAAAUCAGCAGAACAAAAUUAUCUCCAAAAUAUGCAGCAACAUCGCAACCCUAUUAUCGUAUUGUUAUAAUUUUGGGUUUGUUUCAUGUCGCUUAAUUUAUGACAUUAUUCGUAUAUUUGUAGCAGAUCCUAAUGAAUUCACUACUGAGUUACUUUUACGGAUUAUAUCCGUUUCAGGACAACUAAUCCGGGGUGAUGAUCCCUCUGCUUUACGAGAUAUACGGUCGGAACUGUUGAAGAAUGCCAAGAAUUUAAAAGAACAGAGCCCGAGAUUAAGAUUUUUAAUGGAUACUAUAUCUGACUUAAAAAACAACAGGUUGAAGCCUUCAAUUUUGGCAACUGAUCAUCAUCCAUUAAAGAAAAACUUACAGAACAUUUUGAAAUCUUCUUCUUCUCAGGAGCCUUUACAAGUUUCCCUUGAUGAUAUCAAAAAUAUUCAUUCCAAGGGGAAAUGGUGGCUGGUUGGUGCUUCUUGGCGAGGAAACAUGGAAAAUGCUUUUGAGGUCUCAAUCAAUAAUGGAGAUGAUACCAGUAAAUCUAAGAAAGCUAAAAUUUUAAUUGAGGAUGAUCUUCUUGAUGACAUUCCAGACUGGAACGUAAUCGCCAGGCAACAGCGCAUGAAUACUGACAUUCGAAGAGCUAUAUUUAUAAGCAUAAUGUCGGCUCAAGAUUACUUGGAUGCAUUUAGUAAGCUUGAAAAGUUGAACUUAAAAAAUAAGCAAGUUCUUGAAAUUCCAAGAAUUGUUUUACAUUGUCUUUUGGCUGAUAGUGGAUCCAACGGCUAUAACCAUUACUACGCGUUGGUCGCGAAUAAAAUCUGCGAAAGGUACAGCCAUUUAUCGAAAUCAUUUCAAUUCCUAUUCUGGGAUGUGAUGAAAAAAUUUGAGGACAAGGAAUUCGAUUCUGACAGCGAUGCUGACGAAGAGGAUGAGUUAGAUGAUAAGGAGAAACUACUUCGCAUCUCAAACCAGGGGAGGUUUUUUGGAUCGUUGCUCGCUAAUGAUAUUUUGAAAUUAGAUGUCUUCAAGCAUGUUCCAUUUAUGGGUGGACUAAAUACAGAAGGAAUGUUAUUUAUGGAGAUACUGCUAUUUCAGUUAUUAUUGGCAGUAGCCAAAAAAAGUGAGAGAAAGCUCAAGAUGGAUGAAAAUGGAAGUAGGCGUGUAAUCUACUCCGAUGAUUAUUUGCGGGAUAUUUUAACAAAGAACAUUAAAUCGGAAAAUACGCUAUUUAUUCUCAAAGGCUUGAAGUGGUUUAUCAACAAGAAAUUUAGAUAUCAUAAUUUUCUUGCAGGAAAAAAGGGAGAUAAGGCUUUUGAUAGAGAUGAAAGAAGAUUGGCUUGGGCUUCAAAAGCUGCCAAAUCCAUUAUAGAUAUAGAGUUGGAAAAUAUAGAUUCGUAG